AUGGCAGACAAAAAGAAACGUCUCGUUUUCUCUAUAAUACAGUUUCUGGAAACUUCAAUUAAAGAUGGCACAAUAAAGUCAGACGAUGUUGAAGGAAUUGAUGUGGCCGUGCAAUGCAUUGGAGAAGCAUUUGGAGUUAACCCUCAAGAUCCAGAACAAAUAGCUUUAUACUCAACCAAACAUAGUUUACCGCUUAUUUUUAACAUGGCUAUGCAGGCUGAGGAAAAGCUUUCAGCAAAGGCUAAUACAUCCUCACCGAGAACGACAGCACCUCAACAAGUACCUGUAGAGACAAAGCCUGUAGAAUUAACUCUAGGGCAAAAGCAAAAAGCUGAAGAAUUAAAAAUAGCCGGAAAUAAAAAAGUAAACGAAAAAAAUUACGAUGAAGCAGUGAAAAUUUAUAGUGAAGCAAUAUUGAUAGAUAGUAAUAAUGCAGUUUACUAUGCCAACAGAGCUGCUGCAUACAGUCAAAUGGGACAACACGAGAAAGCGAUCGAAGACGCCACAAAAUCCACACAAGUUGAUCCCUCUUACAGUAAAGCUUACAGCAGACUUGGACACGCCUAUUAUUGUAUAGGAAAAUAUCAAGAGGCUGUAGAUGCCUAUGAAAAGGGGCUUUCACUUGAUCCAAAUAAUCCCAUUCUAAAAUCAGCGCUUGGCGCUGCUGAACAAAAAGUCGGUGAGAUAAAAUCUGAUCCAUCUACACAAGGUGGUGGUGGUUCAUCUACAGAUGGUACACGUGCAGCUCCUCCUGGUGGUGGUGGUGGUUUACCAAGUGGUUUACCAGGUGGAUUACCGGCUGGACUUGCAGGAUUAGCUGGUCGUGGUGGUGGAGGUCUCGAUUUUUCUACUUUGAUGAAUAAUCCUCAAUUAAUGAAUAUGGCGAGUCAGAUGAUGCAGUCUGGUGCUUUUAAUGAUUUGUUGAAUAAUCCAAAUCUCGCUGAAAUGGCAGGCAAUAUGAUGCGUGGAGGAGCUCCAAACAUGGAUGAAAUGAUGAAUAACCCUGAUCUAGUAAAUCUAGCUCGUCAAUUCGCUGGUAAUAUGCCAGGUGGUGGCAAUGCAGGAAACUCAAAUGGAUCAAACGAUGAAAAUUCACGAGGAUCAUCGUAG